AAAGCAUUUUAGUAAACAACCGCCACUAAACUUUAUUUAAUUUUGUUUUAAUACUUUAAUUAAUUAUGCAAAGACCUAGAAGAACUUCAGAAUUUCAAGAAGAUCCGGUUGGUAUACGACGUCAGUCAAGAGUCCAACAAAGGAAUACACUAGCUCCGUCGCCUGCUGGAAAUGCUGGUGUUACAGCAGCUUGUACUGGCGGCACGGCUAAGAAAUAUAACGCCAGGCAAAGUCGAAUUGCCGUACCAUCACGUCCCUCGUCCAGUGACCGUGGCGGAUCUAAUAAUCCCUACCUGGCCGUACCCUCAUCGGCCAUAAAACGUGGGGUCACACCGCAAAAAACCCCUUUGCCCAAGACCACUGCUAACCGAGUAUUGUUUACCGCCGAAAAACAACGUACCGGCCAGGGAGGCAGUUCGAUGCCUUUGCAUAAUGAUAAGAAAUGGGUGCAGGAACAAACACAACGUAUAACAGAGCACUUGCUCAGCCAAAAUACUCUGGGUAAUGGCAUAAGUACGGAUUUUUUAAAUCGUGGUCUAAGGCAAAUGUCUAUUAAACAAUUUGUGGCCAUUAUCAACUAUUUCUUAAGCUAUAUAUGGGGCAAUCGUUAUACUGUGGGUACCAAUCAUGUAGAAGAUAUAAUAAAUAUUUUGCAAAAACUGCAAUAUCCACAUCCUCUCAACAAGUCGUGGCUUAAAACUCCCAACACUCAACAUUCUUUUGGUAAUGUCAUUGUUUUAUUUGACUUUCUUAUGGAUUUUGUGCCACCUGCCGAGGAAGAGGACAGCAAUGGCAUAUAUUUUGAUUUAAAAGAGCCCGAAGAGUUAAGUGCUUCAAGGAUGCAAGAAGAUAAUUUUCAAAUACCGGACUUGGAAUUUCAACAGCAAUUGCUGAGAAACUCGGAGGAAGGCUUUAUGUUGUGGGACAAACAGAAAACUGAUGAAUUCAAUACUCUCCAACUACAGACCUGUAAUCUUCUAAUACAAAAAAACUGUGGCCUAGCCGAUGUGGAUGCUGUCAAGUUUGAAGUAGAAAAAUUGCAAGACAUUUUAAAAUCUCUAGAAAAAGAAAAACCUUCCGAAGAUAAAGAUAUGCUGAAAAUGAAAUCAAAACUUUCACACGAAUUGAAAACUUUAAAACGUGAAAUCAAAACUCUGCAAGAUGAGUGUGAGGCUGAUGAAAGAGAUAUAAAAGAAUUAAAUUCUCGUAAACAGGUCACCGCUAAGGAAGUAGAUUCCAUUGAAAUGGAUAUAAAAUCCUUGCAUGAAAUGCUAAAUAGUCAAUCGUGCACGGUGGAACAACGUAAUCAACUGGUAGCAGAUGUUAUGCAGCACAAACAGAUGAUGGCCAUUAAAGAACGUGCCAUACAAGAUCUUCAAACUCGCUAUCACAAUCAGCAGAUACUACAAUCAAAAGCCAUAAAACAAUUUAAUGAUCAAAUCGAAACCUUCAAUGCUCACAUGAGAGAAAUUAAGUUCUCCGAUCUCUUGAAAACCAAUAGCGACACUUCGCUCAACGAAAGCAUACUCGAAUUGUCUUUAAGGCCCCAGCAAACGGAAUUGGAUAAACUAAUACCACUUCUGCAUGAAAUCAAUGAAAAUGCUUUACACUGUAUACAAACUAAUAAAAAGAAAAUAUUCCAGCUACAGGAUAAUAGCAAACAAUUAGUAACUGAUAUUGAUGGAAAAUUACAUCCUAAGCUAAAAGCUUUACGUGAAGCCAAUAUCUCUAAUGUUGGUAACGUACAAAAGCUUGUGAAUAUCCUCAAACAGGAGGAAUGUAAACUGCUAGUAACAAUACAGAAGAUGGAAGAGGAUAUUAUUGCGGCCGAUAAAACUAUAGAGGAAUUGCAAUUGCUCAUCAAACAGAAGAAAUCCCUGGUGGAUGAAUUGAUGCAAGCCAAUGAACAGACAAUGCAGCAUGCUGAACAAAAACAUCGCCAGUGUUUGGAACAGCGAAGGGCUUUUCUGGAAGCCUACGAUGAAAUGUUGGAGGAAUGCAUACAAAACGAUGUACUACAGCAGCUAAUCAAACAGGUUCAAUUGCAAGAGAAACAAUUGGAGGAAUUUAAAAAGGAUUUUAAUAAGAAUUAAUUGUAAUAAAAUAAUUAAAAAUGUGUUAUGAAUUCAAUAAAUGUUUUUAUCAUUCAAAAGAAAA